AAAAAAAAAUUACAUACGGAAAAUUGAUUUCAAUCUUUCAGCUUCAGAAAAUAUCAGAAUACCACACAACAGUCUUCUUCUUCUUCUUCUACGCUAUUAGGGUUUAGGGUUCUAAAUCAGAUAACCUCCAAGAAACGUCACCGUUUGCUCAAUCUCCCAGCCAUGGCGACCGAGUUGGUAAUCAACUCAGACAGAGUUCAGAAAUUGUUCGACGACCUGGAAGCCCAAAAGACCAUUCUAUCCUCAUGUACCCAGCUAUUCUCAACCCUAUCCAACCGCUUCAUUUCCCUCCAAGAUUCUCUCUCCCAGAAAUCCCAGUCCCUUGAAUCCAAAAUCCAAGCCCUGGAAUCCAAUUCCCGUGAAACCCUAGAGUCUCUCUCCCAGCGCGAGGACUCGAUUCCCGAGCGCGAGUCCGCCGCAGCAGCACGCAUCGAGGAGCAGAGAGAAGCCGCCUUGGCCGAUUUUGGGAAACCCGCUUCCGCGUCUGCCGAAUUGUCGGAAACCCUAAAAUCGCUUUCCCGGAGAAUGGAUUCCUCGGGGCUGGUGAGGUACAUUGUUUCGAAGCGGAAAGAGUCGGUUUCGUUGCGUGCAGAGAUCUCGAAGGCGAUAGCGGAGGCGGUGGACCCGCCGAGGCUGGUGUUGGAUGCAAUGGAGGAGUUCUUGAAGCGCAAAUCGGCUGAUAAGCGGUGGGCGUGUGGAAUGCUGAUCCAGGCGCUGUUUCCAGAGAUGAAUUCGAAGAAGAAUAAGGGACCGGAGUUCGCGAGGAGUGUGGUGGAGAGGGCGGCGGAGAUGGUGUUGCUCUGGAAAGGGCAGAUGGACGAGGAAGGCAGUGCGGUAUAUGGGCCGGCUGAGGCCGUGAUGCUCUUGCAAAUGGUGCUUGGGUUCGGGUUGCGAUCGAGGUUUGAUGAGGAGUACUUGAGGAAGUUGGUGGUGGAGUUUGCGGCCAGGAGGGAUAUGGCGAAGCUUGCGGCUGCCUUGGGAUUUGGAGAGAAAAUUGGAGAUAUUAUUGAUGAACUGGUGAAGAGUGGUAAAGAGUUGGAGGCGGUGUAUUUUGCUUCUGAGGCUGGUUUGACUGAAAGAUUUCCUGCUGUCUCUCUGAUUAAGUCGUAUCUCAAGAACUCCAAAAAGAAUGCUAGCACCAUACUGAAGAAUGGAAAUAAUAGCAUGGCUGCAACAGAGGAGUCAAGCACUCUGGAGUUGAAUUCCAUUAGAGCCAUCAUCAAAUGUGUAGAAGACCACAAGCUCGAAUCAGAGUUCUCCCUUGAUAGUUUGAGGAAGAGGGCUACUCAUCUGGAGAAAGCCAAGGCAGAAAGGAAAAAGAGUUCAGCAGGUGCCAGCAAGCCUCAAAACAAGCGAGCUUAUGGUUCUGGUGGUGGCCGGAGCAGUGGACCACCUUCUUUCCGUCCAUCCAAAGCGGCCAAAUUUAGUAAUGCCUUCCCUCCUUUCAGCCGGAGGAACCCAGCUCCUCCUGCACAGCAUAGCCCUGCUGCAAGAUAUUCUGGGCCAUACAACUAUCCUAGCCAAAGUAUGUACGAUGGUCCCAAUACAACUCCUUAUGCUUCGAGCUAUGGUGUUCCCCACAGUCAAAGUCCUGCUGCACUUCCUCAACAGCAUUACUCACUCCCUGUGGACAACAUGGGUGCCGCUGGUUAUCGGGCCACUGUUUCUUAUGGAGGCCAGACUAGUUAUGGUGCUUAUGAUUAUGGCAAUGCUGCUCCACCCACAUACCAACCUUCAUCAUAUACACAGUAAUUUAGAAGCAGCAGUAGCUAUAAAAUUAGAGGAUUUUUUUUUUCCUUCUUUUUCGUGUAAUCUUGAAAUGAGUUCCUGCUUCAUUCGGGAGUGCACCCUUUUAUCUUAAUUUUCUCUGUUUCUCCCUUCUUGGUGGUUGAAGUGGGAAUAACUCAAGGUUCCCCAUGAAUUCUCUCUUUGUAUGAGUGAAAGGUGGAUUUGACUCA